AUGUAUUCCAAUACAAGCGGAGAUGAGUUCUCGUGUGAGAUAGGUAACUCACCUUCUAAUGCCAACAAAUACUGUGAGUUUAUUAAAAAAAAGUGUAACAGUGAAUAUUUCUGGAUAGCUGAAAGGUAUUAUUGCUCGCUGGCUUCGAAUAAGGUGCCUUCACUUAUUAUAUUGACAAUCAUCUUGAUAGUUAUCUUUUGGACCUUGGUUUUGCUUUUUGUGUCACUUUCCAUUUUGGUUGCGAAAUUUCUUUACCCCAUACUUCACUCUCUAUGCAUUGAGUAUAGGAUUAACGAUAAGUUUUUGAGCUGUAUACUAGUACCGUUCAUCAAUUGCUUCCCGGACAUUGUAAAUUACUACAUAGCAAUGAAACUGAACUCAAUUGACCUCACUUUGGGGCAGGUAAUUGGGUCGAUAUUGAUUAUCUUCACUUUAGUAUUGGGGAGUAUAUGCUUUUUGCAGCCGUUUGAAAUAGGGCAGAAUAAGACAUUGCUCAUGAAUGACUUCGUUUCGGUUUUCAUAGUAAUAUUAAUCUUUCUGUACAUUGUGUCGGAUGGUGUUAUUACGAAAACUGAAUGUGUGGUUAUGGUGAUGGUUUACUUUGUGUACGUGAUAUAUCUAUACCUUAUAAUUGACAAGGCUAAUAUAGAAUCGCUGGAUGAAGAAGAAGCUAUUCCCGAUAUUCAAAUUGAGCAGCUGUCUUCCUCAAAUUUACUUACAGUACCAUCAUUUGGCAUCGAGGAUGCUCUCAGUGUCAUAUCGGACGAUAUGGAGACUUCAGAACAAGCCAGAAGCGUCAACUAUGGUACCUUUGACCAAGAAAAUUUUGAUUCUAAUGUCCAAGAUGGAGUAGGAGAUGAUGGGGAAUCUUUUCACGGAACUUCUAGCAAGACGAUUGGAUUAUCAACCUCGGAAUUGUCCUUGCGUUCUAGUAUUUGGGAUGAAAAUAGGAAUUAUCCCGUGAACAUAAUGAAGCAUGGGACAGUAAGAGUGUUCCAGGUUAUCUUCAAUUUGAUCGAUCUUUCUUUCUACUUGAUUGUGCCUUUUAUCGAAAAUGAAGGUUAUGAAUCAGGAGAGGCUGUGAGAUCAUCUGAACAAAUGAUAUCUGCAUGGUUGAACUGGAGGGCUUCUGCAUUUCCAGUACUAUUUUCCGGUUAUAUUUCAAAUUUGCGCUGUUUCCUCAUCCCCAUCAUGCUACAUUUGAUCUACUUUCCCGAGUUGCCUUACACAUAUAUCCUUCCUGCCAUUCUACUUAUGAUGAUCUGGAAUAGUCUACUUAUGCCAUACACGCCAGCCCUUCUAACCAAAGUACUCGCAAUAUUUUUGACACUCAAUAUUAUAUCCAUUCUUGCGGGAAUAAUAUUGCAAAUGCUUAAGAACUUGGGGGUUAUCCUUAGAAUUUCUGAGACGCUCCUUGGACUCACCAUAUUUGCGAUCAGUAAUAGUAUAAAUGAUAUCAUUACUAACGUAACUUUGGCCAAUUUAGGAAAGCCAAUACUUGGUGUCAAUGCUUGUCUUGGUACACCGUUACUCUCUAUUUUGCUAGGGGUCGGUUUCAAUGGACUACUUGUUACUUUUCAAAAAGGACUUCCUGAUCUUAAACUUGACGUUAACUUACACAUAAUCGUUACUACAGUAGGGUUGGUGAUUUUAUUGGCAUUUUACUUGAUAUACAUACCAUUAAACGGAUGGAGGUUUGAUAGAAAGCUAGGUAUUCUGGUGAUUUGUUGGUGGGCAUUUAUCACAAUUAUUAACUGUAUAGUAAACUAG